AUGAAGCUGUUGUCCGCUCCAGUUACAGCUCUGAUGCUGCUUGCUUCACUGUGGACCCCAGUCCUGUCGACUCCUGUCCAGACAGAGGCAAACGAGGUCAGCGCCAGCUGCUACAUCACUAGCAAGUCAGGCAAAGACUGCAACGCUAGCUCACGAAGAGAUGCCGAACAGGCGGAGAUUGGAGUAAGGUUUUCGAAUGCAAAACAAACUGUCGAUGUGCCAAGGGCAGUUGAGGACUGCUUAAGGGUUUUGUGGAACGUUAUGAGGCAAGGAUAUAAAGGUCAUGGUGUCCUGGUUAGUCUUGGUGGAUUUUGGAAUCUGGCCUCGUACAACCUCGUUCCACGCAUUACUAUUAUUGAUAUUGUUCGUUUUUAUGUUAUCUAA